AGUUCCCGGAAGUGAUUCAUAAUGGAAAGGUAGUGACUGUCAAAGCAGUUAUGAUGGAACAAUUUCAUUAGUUAAAGCUGACGUGUGUGUUUGACUGAGAUUGAAGUGCCAUAACAGACCGAAAAUGAGCAUGUUUUCUCAAGUUCCACAAGCUAAUCCAGCACAACCCAAUAAUCCUGCUUUGUAUGAGGAAGUUAAAUUGUACAGAACUUCAAGAGAGAGAGCCAAAUAUGACAACAUGGCCGAUCUCUACGCUGUGAUAAACACGCUACAGAGUUUAGAGAAGUCGUACAUUAAGGAUGCUGUUCAGCCCAGAGAGUACACAGGAGCGUGCUCCAAACUGUUGGUCCAGUACAAGGCUGCCUUCAAACAGGUCCAGAGUGACGAGUUCCCCAAUGUGGAAACAUUCAUGAAAAAAUUCAGAUUGGACUGUCCGGCAGCAUUAGAGAGGAUUAAGGAUGACCGUCCAAUCACCAUUAAGGAUGACAAGGGAAACACCAGUAAAUGUAUAGCAGAUAUUGUAUCUUUAUUUAUCACUGUCAUGGACAAACUGCGGCUGGAGAUCAGAGCCAUGGACGAGAUCCAGCCAGAUCUGAAGGAAUUGAUGGAGACAAUGAGCAGACUGAGUAUUGUUUCUUCUGAAUUUGAAGGGAAAGUGAAAGUAAAGACUUGGUUGGACACGUUUAACGGGAUGUCCGCCUCCGAGGAGUUGGACGACAACCAAGUGCGACAGAUGUUGUUUGAUUUAGACAGUGCUUAUAACGCGUUUAACCGGCUACUACACGAUCACUAGGCUGCUAUAAGGAUGUCAUGUGGGCGUGUCCACUACCACCUUCAAGUCUGUGAGAUACACAGCCAUAUUGAGCCUCCGACAGGUUGUGGGGGGAUGUGUGGGGACUACAGUAAUACAAAAAUAAAAACUUGAAGUACUAUCACAAAAAGUCUUUCACUUUGUGUUAAAAUACAACACGAUAUCUGUUUUUAAGCAACUUUAAAAGACAUUUCUGUUCUCAUUACAGAUGAUUAUGGAAACUGGAGAUUCAUUUUAAUAUUAACUUACUACCCAAAGCUUUGUUGUAAGAAUUUUGUUAUGUUAUUGUAAUAAAGACAAUGUUUGUUUAUUGUUACUUUGAUUGAAGCAAAGGGUUUAACAAUAUAACCAGGAUAAAUCUAUUCACGAAUGUGUACCAGUAUAUAAUGUAUGUAAACCAUCAGUUAUGUAUACCUUCAACCUUUAGUUAGGGUAUUCACAGAUUCCACCACUUUCAGACUGCCCAGAAGUAAAUAUCCUCCAUGAAAGGAUCACUGUUUGCUAUGGUUUAAUAAUGAAUCAUUUGAAGUUGUGUUCUUGACCGUAACUGUACCAUUUUCUUUAUGAUCUUAACUGUGUUGUUCCCUCCGUAAGCUUGAAUGUAGUUAUUUAUGUGACUGUACCAUCAUCUGGUGUAAUCUUGUCUGUACCGUUUCCUAAGUGACUUUUACCUUGACUGUACCAUUUCCUAUGUGACUUUCACCUUGACUGUACCUUUUCCUAUGUGCCUUUCACCUUGACUGUACCAUUUCCUAUAUGACUUUCACCUUGACUGUACCAUUUCCCAUGUGACUUUCACCUUGACUGUACGAUUUCCUAUGUGACUUUCACCUUGACUGUUCCAUUUCCUAUGUGACUUUCACCUUGACUGUACCAUUUCCUAUGUGACUUUCACCUUGACUGUACCAUCAUCCUGUAAGGCAUUGACUGUACUGUAAUUAUAGAAUGUAUGUGCUGAAAUUAAAGCCUGUAUGAUAGUGGUUAUAGCAUAAACUUGUAUAACGUUGAUUGUGCUGGUACUGAACUUGACAUCACUGUAACACUGUGUGACCUUGACAAUAUAAUCCUGUGUGACCUUGACGUCACUUUAAUCCUGUGUGACCUUGGGAAACCACUGUAAUCCUGUGUGACCUUGACAUCACUUUAAACACUUUGUGACCUU